AUGCCCACCAUCCUAACUCCAUCUCUCAUAUUCGUCCUCGCCACCACAACCGUCGCCAUCUUUCUCUCCCCAGCGGCCUCCGCCGGGGACAUUGCCACCACCGCUGCCGCUGGGGACGCCGUGGGGACGUACCUGGUGGUCGUCUGCCGAGCCAAUGGGCCCAAGGAGAACGGCGAGAAGCUGCGCGAAUGGCACGCCUCGCUGCUUGCCUCCCUCCUGAACACCAGCACCGCGACGGUCCUCGAAGAGGCACGGACGCCGGAGGGCGGACAGCUCGUCUACUCGUACCAGCACGUCGUCAGCGGCUUCGCCGCGCGGCUGACGGUGCCGGAGGUGGACGCGCUGCGCAAGCUCCAUUUGUGCGUCGACGCGAUCCCGGACGUCAACUACCGGCUGCGGACGACGUACACGCCGACGCUGCUCGGGUUGAGGGCAUGCCGCCGCCGCCGGCUAAGUGGCGAGGCAGGUGCGAGUUCGGUGGCGCUCCGUGCAACAAGAAGCUCAUCGAGGCGGAGACGACACGCAGAAGCCCUUCUACCAGGACCUCACCGCCGUCGGCAGCUUCUCCACCGUCACGUCGGGCGUGUUCGUGAGCACGACCGCCGGAAACCAAGGCCCGUACUACGGGACCGUCACCAACUGCGCGCCUUGGGUGCUCACCGUGGCGGCGAGCACCAUGACCCGGCGCGUCGUCUCCAGGACCAGGCUCGGCAAUGGGCUGGUGAUCCAAGGCGACUAGGCGAGGCGAACAAGAGGUACAGAGCCCUCAAGCCAGCGCCGCUCAUCUACAUCCAAGGCGUGUUCGAAAACGGCUCGCUCAACGCCGUCGACGUCCGCGGAAAGGUCGUCUUCUGCGACCGCUCGGAAACCACCACAUUGCGCGGCGAGAAGGUCCGCGCUGCCGGCGGCGUGGGCAUCAUCUUUUUCAACGACGCGUCCGAGGGCGGCGUGACGAGUUUCGGGGGAAACGUGUCCAUCGCGGUGGCGCGCGUCAGCCAGGACGACGGCGAGAAGAUCAUGUCGUACAUCAACUCCACGACGAACCCCACAGCCAGCCUCCACUUCAUCGGCGUUACGAUGGACCCUUCCUAUCAGCCGGCCAUCGCCAUUUACUCCUCACGAGGCCCCUGCAACAUGUCAAACCUCGGCGUGAUCAAGCCCGACAUCACCGGGCCCGGGACAAACAUAAUCGCGGCCAUCCCGGGCGCCGGCGGCGGGAACGGCAGCGCGCCCACCCGCACCUUCGGCUUGAUGAGCGGCACAUCCAUGGCCGCGCCGCACCUCUCGGGGAUCGCAGCCGUGCUGAAGCGAGCACGCCCAUUGUGGUCGCCGUCCGCGAUCAAGUCGGCGAUGAUGACGACCGCCGACGUGACGCACCCGGACGGCACGCCCAUCACCGAUGAGAUCACCGGCAAGCCGGCGGGACACCUCCUCAUGGGCUCCGGCAUCGUGAACCCGACCAAGGCGCUUGACCCGGGCCUCCUCUACGACCUCUCGGGGCUGGACUACAUACCCUACAUCUGCGGGCUCGGGUACAACGACACCUUCGUCAACGAAAUCAUCGCGCAGCCGUUGCGGAACGUGAGCUGCGCGACGGUUAGCAAGGUCGAGGGCAAGGACCUCAACUACCCGUCGUUCCUCGUGACGCUCACGGCGGCGGCGCCGGUGGUCGAGGUGAGGCGCACGGUGACCAACGUCGGGGAGGCUGUCUCGGCCUACACGGCGGAGGUCGUGGCACCGCCAAGCGUCGCCGUGAGGUGGUGCCACCGAGGCUGGAGUUCGGCUCCGUGA